AUGGGAGGAGGAGGAGAGGGGGGAGAAAACAUGUUGGCGAGUCGUCUGGAAGCCAAAUCGGGUGGAAACAGCGGUCCCAAAAGCCGAGUGCAAAUGGCAUAUACACGACUCCGUCAUUGUUCUUCCGAUUCGUUCUUCUCAUCGGGCUGGAUCGACGUCGACUCUUCUGCUUCGCAAAGCGUUCCGUCGACGAUAAUUAAUUUGCUCGGGAUUUGA